UUCGGGUAAAUAACCCUGACCUGUCAGAUGAUUGAUGCUAACAUGAUAACAUCCAUGCACGCGUUGCGUAUCAACGCAGAUGAUUCCAUCUUCAAUUUCCCAUUUCUCCCUAUAAAUAAGUCGCAUUUGAUCCAAAUUCGUCUCGACCAGCGUGCACUGCUCUCACCCAACAAUGUCCAUUUCCAUGACGUCGACGGCGGCGGCGGUCGCCGUGGCGCUCCUCGUCGUCGCCGGCGGCGCCGGGCUCGCGGCGGCGGGGACGUCGGACCUGUGCGGCCUCGCGGAGACGGCGUUCGGCGAGUGCACGGCGUACGUCGCCGGAGGGGAGCCCGCGGUGUCGCGCCGCUGCUGCCGUGCCCUCGGCGACAUCAGGGACCUCGCCGCCACCGCCGCGGAGCGCCGGGCCGUGUGCGCGUGCAUCCUGUCGGAGAUGCUCGCCGCUGGCGACGGCAGGGUCGACUCCGGCCGCGCCGCCGGCCUCCCCGCCGCCUGCAACGUCCGAGUCGGCUUCAUCCCGACCAGCCCAAACUUCAACUGCUUCAGGGUUCGUUGAAGAAUGAACAAAGCAUCAACACAUGGAGGAGUUACAAUUUGAAAACCAUUGCAACCUUCAAGCUUUACAUUGUUCUUAAGUUUCACCAUUGUUUGUGUUUCAUCUUAAGAAUAUUAUAAGCAAUACAUUCUCAAUCUUCAGUUCA